AUGAAUUGGGAUUUUCUAAACAGAAAACUUAAAGAAUUCUUUGAAUAGCGGCGAUAACAAUCGAUUGAUAAGUUAUUCACACUAAAUACUGUUCCAGAUAAUAACCUCCUAAAAAAAUAAUUCUUAGAGUUGGAAACUUAAGUUACAGAGGAUCCUAAAUAAAUUGUCUCCUAACCCACCGCUCUAAUUACAUCACCAACUCCUUAAAAAUAAAAAUUAACUCCGAAAUCCUUUAACUAAAUUUCUCAUCUCUUUUCACCUCAUGGACCUGCAAGAUCAUAAAAUUCUAUGCAAAUGAGAUAAAUUGUAACAAGCAACCUAAAAAAUGAAAAUAAUAGCUAUAAUAAUGUUAAAAGCAAAGAUAUUAAGAAGGUGUAAGAAUUGGUUGGAUCAAAUAGUAAAACUUCUUUUAAAGGUUAUGGAAGAUAACUAAAAAAAUAACAAAAUUCUGUUUCUUAAAAGAUUUUAAAAGAUUUAGAUGAUUAGUUCGACCCAUUACCUAAUAAUCUAAUUAAGCCAUCAGAAUCCCUUAAAUGUUUCAUCACAUAAACAAAAAAUAUCAAUACUUUAGCUAUGAAAGCUUAAUUAAAACUUAAAUCUUAAAGGUCUAUGCGAUAAUUAAAGUAACCUAGUCCAGCACUUGAUAAUUUCUCCAAAAUGGGAUUUGGAAAAAGCACAGAUCCUAGAGUAGGUUUAGAUAGAUUUUUAAGCAAUAAAUGGUUAUAAUUUAUAAUUGAAUAAAAGUCUAUGAGAAAAGAUGAUUAAUUUGAUAAUUAUCUCUCAUAAUACAAUGAAUCUCCUUAAAAAGAAUAAAAUGUGUAAAAAUUAAAAGAGAAAUAAAAAAUAAGAUAAGAAUUUAAUAGUGAAAUACCAUAAUAAAUCAUUUUUAAACCUCAUCGAUAUACCAAAAAGAUAACAAAGAUAAAGAAGAGUGAAAUUUCUGAUUUAAUAUCAUCUUAUUCUCAGACAAUGUUUGAUAUUGAGAAGAAAAGAGAUGAUAAAGAGUUGAUUGAGUUCUAUCCUAUUUACUAUGAAAAGAAAGUCAAAAAAAGAAGAAUAAUUUAGAAGAUGAAAAUUUUGGCAAAAAAAGCUAUAAAAUUAAAAACAUUUGCUUUAGAUGUAUUUAAUAAUAAUGUUAAAUUAGUUACUUUAAAAAUUCUAUUAAUUAGUACCAUACUAAAUAGCUGGUUCAAUUGCAUUUUUAAGAUUUGUGUAAUAUAACAAUAUAUAAGCAGUUAAACAAAUGCUUGAUUCAGAUAAAUCUUAUAUAGGUUCUUUUAAUGAAUAAGGACAGUAUGCUAUACACAUUGGAGUGAUGAUUUAAUCAUUGGAAAUGGUGAAAUUACUGCUAUAUUAUGGAGCUAAUGUAAAUUCCGAAGAUUUCUUUCUCUAAAAACCUCUAUAUUUUGCUUUAGUGACUGAUAAUUAGGAGAUGAUUAGAUUAUUGCUUGCUUGUAGAGCUUCACCAUGGGAUGAAAACCUAAAAGAUUAUUUCGUAUGUUGUAGAAGUGAUGAUGCAAGAAAUCUAAUAAAGCUAGCAUAAUAUCUUAAAAUAUAUAAUAAAGAUCCAGAGUGUUUGUUAAAUAUGGAAAACAUUAAAUAACAAUUGAAUUAGUAUUGA